AUGAAUAUCUUUCACAAAGCUAUUCGCCGUCGCCGUUAUCGGCCUGACUAUGAUGUCGACCUAUUGAGUGCUGCCUUCGGCCUUCCAUUUCUACGCGGCAAUGGAUCUGGAAACAACAGCGCUCGUCGUGUAGGACUCGAAUAUGCAUCCGACUCUGACUCUGACUCUGACUCUAAUUCUGAAUGUGGUGAUGGCAACGAAGUCGGCCCCGAGAACGCCUUUUCUUCGUCUUCUGAGGAUGACCGAGGGCGUCAGCAACAUGGCUAUGAUACACCGGAAAGAGUCUCUACGCCUCAUCCACUUCCUCAUUCGUCUCCUCAUCCUUCGAAAAGAUCCCCUCAGAGAAAGAAACACCAUCGUCGACAUCGCACAAAGUCAUCACCUCGCUCAAGUCCCCGAAAAUCGUCUCGCCGUCAGGGAUCUCGCUCGAGUUCUCGAAGAUCGACCGCCGAGAUCAUGAAGAGUCAACAACAGCCUGUUUCUCAUGUACGACCUUCUGCAACAUUCCCCCCUCAGUUUCCCAUUCCUUUGUCGAAUCAAUCUUGUAACAUUGUACAAUCUUCAUCAUUUCCUAUCCCUUCUUUGAACCAGCCUCUUAGGGUCCCAGAUUACCAGCCUUUCCCUCAGCAACCAGUGUACUAUCAACCCCAGAUCAACUAUGUUCCGCACCAACCAUCUCCCCUGGUGCAAGUUCAUCCGGCUCAGUAUAUUGCGCCUGUUCCCCAAACUGUCGCAACACGAACUCCUACAUCUGACCAAGCACCACCAGUCUCUAUGCCUCCGGUGGCAUCCGAGAACACCCUAAAUCCAGCAGGGGAUGGGGAUGCCCGCCAGAACAAGUCUGGCAACCAGAAAGACACCGGGGUUUCGGGCCCAUUGACAAAUGAAGUGCAACGCCUACAGAAACAUAUAGAAGCCAAGAUGGCCGACUUGGCCGAGGAGCCCAACAGCAGAAUCUUACGCCGCGACCUCCGCCGUCUUCAAGACAGACUUAACUUUGCCUUGAACAAGGCCAUCACAGAAAGCAAAAGGCCUCACUCAAGACAAGUAUCACUCUCAACUGUCAGCGGCUUCUCUCAAUCAGUCCAUGAUCAUAAGACUGCACAAUCGAAGGACUUUGAGCAGAGUCGGAAGCGAGAGCAAUGUGGCCAACGAGCUGUGAGUCCUCAGCGCAUCGAACGCCAUCACGUUUGCACGGAGUGUGGAAACAUGCGUUCAGCGCUCUACCACAAGAAAUUUCCUGUUGGCUCAGGACCAUCCACGAAGAUUAAUCUCUGUGAGAGCUGCCGGGAGAUGGAACACAAACGAGGUGUCGUACGCCAAUACCACUUCUGUUUCAAUUGUGGAAGCGCAAGGUCCAAGACAUUUCAUGCACAGAACCCAGUCUUUCCAGGAGAGCCCAUCUUCACGAACUAUUGCGAUGCCUGCGUCCUGGAGUUCCACUACAAUGGAAGUCUGCCAGACACUUCUGUGAUUGGCCUGGCCCCCAGACUGAAGGAUCACAUAGCCAGGCGAGCUGCGAUUCAAAAAGAAGAUGACAUGGAUUCUCUUACUGUCAAUCGCCACCGCAAUCGUAAGAAAAGCAAAUCAAAAGCCCCCCUUGGCCAGGACGAGGCCUCCGAGUACGAGAAACAGGCCCCGGCGGUUGAAAAAGUCCGCGGAAGGCGUCCUGAACCACGAGAGCCCAGAGACAGUGUUGUUUCCCCAGAGACUACCGUCGUCUCCCCGGAGUCGUCUUACUGUCCAUCGAGAGACACGGGAUCUUCCGGUCGCCGAGCAGAGCGGAAGUCAUCAGGAGAUGUCAAUACUGAUCCUCCUCCUCAUCCUCAGAAUGAGAGUGAAAAGCUUCCUCGAAAUUACCAGGCGCCAUAUGUUGAAGACUCGGUUUCGACGGCUCACUCAAAGGUGGACACUCACACUAGUAGCCAUGAAAGCGAAAAGACUGGUCAGAAGUUCGCGAACAAGGUUUACGAACCAUGGAAAACUCUUCCACGCGACUUUGUUCUCAAGUCUGCGAUGGCCAGUGAUCGCUCAUCUUCAGACGGCUCCGGAAAUGCCCAGGAUGCAACAGCAAAGGAGCCACAUCGACCGCGCGAGAAGUCUCUUGACUCUGACCGCUCUGACCCGAGCUCUUCCAAGUCUUCUGGUAGCAAGACCGUGAGAUUCAAGAAGUCUGUCGAUGUUCGUACGCCCUUGACCCACGAUGGGGAUACUGAGCUCUCGGAGCCUGGGUCUCCCGCCCGCAUGAGGUCUUCAGGGUCCCCUCUCAUCUCCCGCAAGAAGCCCUCGUACUACAACAGCUAUUCACCUGAAAGAAAAGCCACAGACAAGUACCUCCAUCCUCACUAUGGCCAGUCUUCAAGGAAUAGUUCGGUUCCCAAUCGCGAGAACUUGCGUACACCAGACGACUUUCGACCCGGAGCACCUUCUAAGGGCUACUCCCAGGGUGCUUUCAGCAAAGAUUUUGACAACGGUGGAGACUGGGAUUCCUUCCGAAGUCCUGCGUACUCUUACAUAGAGCAGUAUACAGAUGACAGCCCCUUGCAUGAUCGCCAUGAGACAGAGGAAGGAUUCCAGGCACCGAUCCCCAAGUUUCGCGACUACAGCUAUCAUGAUCAGUAUAUGGAGUCCACUGCAUCUCUUCCAUCCCGUAUGUCUUCGGGAAGCGUGUUCUCAUCCUUCUUCAAGAAGAACAAGGACAAGUCAUCUUCCGUUCCCCCAGGCGAUCGAGCGAGUUCACACGCCCCUAGUCACAACUUUAACGAGACUGCCAGAGACAAUUAG